UGCAGCUUCCUGUAGCACUAGCUGUGUCUGUCUUUGUGAUUUGAUCGCUAUUCGCUUAUUUCGCUAGUGUAGUCAUAGUUGUUGUUAUACGGAACACACUGCUGCUGUCUCAGCACUUAAUACCGUGGUUUCAUGCAGGUCUUAGUGUUACAGAAUAUUACUGACCAUGAACAAGAUGAAGAAGAAGCUGCAUGAGCAGAUCCUGAAUCACAUCCUGGAGAUUCUCUACCUACUGACGGGAGAGUUUGAAGAUGGCGGACGAAUUUUGAACAGUGCAUGCGCGAGAUUGCGCAACAUCAUCGACAACGUCACUCCUUUCCAGACCGGCUCCGACAAAGAAGACACGCUCUAUCGAUCUUACAUAAUAAGAUCUGUCAGCGCAUUGAUAGCGUGUGACUAACUCACUGACAGCGAGUGGCAUGACCAGGGACAAGACGACAACAGAGAGGAUACUGACCCACACCCUGCAGAUCAUGUACCUGCUGACAGGGGAGGUGCCUAUAAAGUGUGAUGAUGUUGCUGUGUAUUUCUCUAUGGAGGAGUGGGAGUAUAUAGAGGGACACAAGGAGCUUUACAAGGACGUCAUGAUGGAGACUCACCAAGCAGUAAGGACUAUGGAGAUCCCAGGAAAUGAGAGCUCAGGUGAAAAUGAUGCUAAGAUUUCAUGUAACACGGAACAAACAGAAGAUCAGUGGCAAAGAAAUAUGCCAGAUGCUGCAGAGCAGGAAAUAUGUGACAAUAUAAGUACAGGUGAAUUCACAAACUGCAAUAAUCCUAGUCAUGAUCAGAGUGCAGAUGCUUCUUUACAUCUUCAAAAUCAAAGACGCCACGUGGGAAAUUUAUGUUCUGACUGUGGGAAAUGUUUUCUUAAGAAAUCACAUCUUCUUAAACAUCUAAAAAUUCAUAGAGAAGAAAAUCCAUUUUACUGUCCUAUAUGUGGGAAAUUUUUUAACCAUAAAAGAAAUCUUGUUGCUCAUCAGAAAAUUCAUACAGGAGAAAAAGGAUUUUCAUGUUCUGACUGUGGGAAAUGUUUUAAUCAGAAAUGAAAUCUUAUUACGCAUCAGAAAAUUCAUACUGGGGAGAAAGGAUUUUUAUGUUCUGACUGUGGAAAAUGUUUUAACCAGAAAACUCAUCUUCUUAGCCAUCAGAAAAUUCAUAUAGGGGAGAAAGGAUUUUUAUGUUCUGACUGUGGGAAAUGUUUCACUCACAAAUCAAGUCUUAUUAGGCAUCAGAAAAUUCAUACAGGGGAGAAAGCAUUUUCAUGUUCUGACUGUGGAAAAUGUUUUGCUCUGAAAUCAACUCUUCUUAGCCAUCUGAAAAUCCAUACAGAGGAGAAAGGAUUUUCAUGUUCUAAAUGUGGGAAAUGUUUUACUCAGAAAACUCUUAUUAGGCAUCAGAAAACUCAUAUUAAAAUAAAUCUGAGUUUAACCUCCUAA